UUAAACGUAACUGCAGGCGCUUCGUGCACUGCUUAGCAACGGUUGGCUACUCCUUAUAACGUCACCGUUUUAGGGAUUUAAAGCCUAACUGACCUGGAUUAUAUCAGGUUGUUUUGAACGAAUCCUCCUCUAGAAAUCAGAGGAUGCUUUUUUAAAAAAAAAAAAAAACGCACCUGAGACAAGGAAGCGUUCUGGAUGAUUUCUCUUUCAGGAGAGCUGGUGGUCAAGUGGGAAAAUCUGUCUAGUCGUGGAAUAGUCUAUUUUUUUUAAUUAUUGAUACUAUUCGCGUGGAGAGUCGGGGUAAGCUGCUGGUUUUAAAUUUUCAGAUAACUCUGGGAGACAUUACCCCCACGACUCUACUAAACGGACAGAUACAUUCCUAUUGGAAUAUCGUUCUUAAUGUAAAAUUGAACAGUCAUAUUGAUUGUCAUUGUCUUUACUUCUUAAUAAUUAGAAUGGAAAGCUAGUAUUAUGUUUUGAUCUGCAUUGCGAACAUUGUGCAUUUCUGGUGCUAGCUGGUAGUUUAAGCGACUAUUUCAUAGGCUUGUAUAAGUUUUUCGUUAUUACUCUGACAGAUUACUCUGACACAUGACCGUUCACCUUGUGCGGUAAAGGGCACGAGGCACAAGUGAUGCCGUUAUCUUCACCUUAGCAUUUCCACGCCGCGUAAAACGCUAUUAUUUUUGACAAAUAUUUAAAUACAGUAUAAUAAUACAGAUAAGCACAAUAAACACCUUGCGGUGCCAGUUUUCUCCCUUGUCCACGUCGAGAUAUAAGCCAGGUGUCAAGCAGAAUUUUAUUUUCGUAGCUAUUUCUCUGGCGUGGUCUUAACAAGGCUGCAAAUCAAAGCAACGUCGCCAAAUCACACCGCCAAGCUUCAUAAGGAGGACUGAACAGCUCAGUCUGCAAAAUGACGGAUGGUCCAAGACAAAGAACUAGUGCGACGGCGUCAGACAACGGGGAUGGAGCUGCUGAGUCCGGGAAACCUAGCGGAGAGACAGCCGUGGCACUGAAGAAGGAGAUUGGUCUCGUUAGUGCCUGCGGGAUCAUUGUCGGCAACAUCAUCGGCUCUGGGAUCUUCGUGAGUCCCAAAGGCGUGCUGGAGAAUGCCAGCUCCGUGGGCCUGGCACUCGUCGUCUGGAUCAUCACAGGCAUCAUCACAGCCAUAGGCGCACUUUGCUACGCCGAGCUGGGUGUCACCAUCCCUAAGUCUGGAGGCGACUACUCUUACGUUAAGGACAUCUUUGGAGGACUGGCAGGGUUCCUCAGGUUGUGGAUCGCUGUGCUGGUGAUCUACCCCACUAACCAGGCCGUUAUCGCUCUGACCUUCUCCAACUAUGUGCUGCAGCCCCUCUUCCCCACCUGCUUCCCCCCAGAGAAUGGUCUACGUCUGCUCGCAGCCCUCUGCUUGCUGUUGUUAACGUGGGUGAACUGUGCCAGCGUGCGCUGGGCCACACGUGUACAGGACAUCUUCACUGCAGGGAAACUGCUAGCCCUCAUCCUCAUCAUCAUCAUGGGAAUCGUGCAGAUCUGCAAGGGCGAGUAUUACUGGCUGGAACCAGCCAAUGCUUUUGAGCCCUUUCAGGACUAUGACGUGGGUCUGAUAGCUCUGGCAUUUCUGCAAGGUUCUUUUGCUUACGGAGGUUGGAACUUCCUCAACUAUGUGACAGAAGAGCUGGUGGACCCCUAUGUAAACCUACCUCGUGCUAUUUUCAUCUCUAUUCCUCUGGUGACAUUUGUGUAUGUGUUUGCUAACAUUGCCUAUGUCACCGCCAUGAGCCCUCAGGAACUGCUGGCCUCCAAUGCUGUUGCUGUGACGUUUGGUGAGAAGCUGUUGGGAGUGAUGUCAUGGAUCAUGCCCAUCUCGGUGGCCCUGUCCACCUUUGGGGGGGUCAACGGCUCCCUCUUCACAUCCUCUCGGCUGUUCUUCGCUGGUGCCAGAGAGCGCCAUCUUCCAAGCCUGCUAGCCAUGAUCCACGUUAAGCGCUGCACCCCUAUUCCAGCCCUGCUCUUUACUUGUAUCUCAACCCUACUGAUGUUGUGCACUAGUGACAUGUACACACUUAUCAACUAUGUGGGAUUCAUCAACUACCUCUUUUAUGGUGUCACUGUUGCUGGGCAGAUUGUACUGCGCAUCAAACAACCAGACAUGCAUCGACCUAUCAAGAUCAGUCUCAUAUGGCCAGUGAUCUAUUUGCUGUUCUGGGCCUUCCUGCUGGUGUUUUCCCUGUACUCUGAACCUGUGGUGUGUGGUAUCGGACUAGCCAUCAUGCUCACCGGAGUGCCUGUUUAUUUCCUUGGCGUCUACUGGGACAACAAGCCUCAGUGCUUUGAUACCUUUGUUGAUAAGAUGACGUACAUGGGGCAGAAGAUGUGCAUGGUGGUCUACCCAGCGGAAGAGGAGAAGGAGAAUGCACCUGGAGGAAACGGAACGGAGAUGAAUGCCGAGUCAGCUUGUUUGUCAGAAGUAGAGGAGGCAACGAAGAAAUCAGCUGACAACUGAACACAAAAAUGCCCAACACACCAAACCCAUGCACAAACAAGUACAUAAAGGGUUCAAGACCUGCUGGGUAAUGGGGUGAAUACUAACAAAGCACACACUAGUACAAGCUCUUGAUUUCUGUAUACACCUUUGCACUCCUACCAACCACUGUUUAUGGAAGGGUGGGCAGAGGUAGAAGUCAGAAGGGCGUGAUUAAGGGAGCUGGAUGUAUACCUUUACAUUUUCACUUGGCAUUUCUCUUUCCUCAAUGAUCUCGGUAUAAAUCAUUCAUCCACAUCAUUUCAUCACCAUUACCAUGGCAUCCACUUCUACUUUGGAAUGCCUUGUUUUAUAAUUCCUCAGAAGUCCAGGAUGUAUGUAAAAUACUGUUAUUUUAGUAAGGUCUGGCUGAUAUAAAACUACAUGAGGGUAAUUCACUUAGGUAUGCAUUAAAAUGAUAUUUUGAAGAUGUCAUACCUUUACCAAAGUGGUUAUUUUGGUAACCACAUUCUGCUGUAAACUCAUGCCACAAUCCCUGCUCAACUUUACAUGAUUCCUCAACUCUUUCUUAUAGCCCCUCAUCCACACACUGCAACACUACACUACAUUGUACAGAAGUAGGCAUUCACUUCCUGUCAAAUCAUGUUUAGUUGUUUGCUUUGAUUAAAAAAUGCAUUUCAGCUUACAUUCAUUCAACUACAAUAAUGCACAUUUCAGAGUUUGAGUCCAAAAGUUUUUUUUUUCAUUUUUUUUGCCUUAAUUGUGUUGACCCAAUUGGUUAUUUGUGUUAUGUUCCGCCAUUGUUCUUAUUCUUUUGGUUCUUUGUCAGUCAUUUUCUUGUUUUUAUCCAGGUGAUAACUCUGGGAUUUCUUUUUGAAGCUUGAGAUAGUAUAUUUAAAGAUGUAUAUUUAAGCACCACAUUUUGUGGUUUAGAGUAGGUUUUACCAGAAUCUUUAUCUAGUGCAAGUACAAUUCUUGGUCUUUUAAUUGCCUUAAUUCUAAUAUGUAAUAUAUAGAUACAUUUAGCCUGUGCUUGGGUAUUCCUCUUACCAAUGUUCACUAUUGAAUUUUUAUAUAUAUAUAUCUAUAUAUAUAUAUAAAAUCACUAUAGAAUUUUUAUAUAUAUAUAUAUAUAUAUUUGAAGAUAAAAUAUGUUUAUGAUAAAAAGGUUAUGAAAUUCAGUGCUGCCAAUGGACAACACAGGCUGUAGUAGGUUUAGCAAAUCAGACUGAUAUAAUGUAAGCAAUAGAAAAAUGUACUAUUUUUUUAUGCUACCGAUUUCUUUUGUAUUCACAGACCCUGAAAUCCAAUACCACCUACACUCUUAAUUACACAUCAUCCAUUGCAAAUUAAAUGACCUAAAUAAGUCAAUUAAAAUGGUCCUAAGUCUUAUGACAGUAAAAAAAAAAUAAAUCCCUUCUGGUGGUCCGUGCAUUGUCUCUAUAUACCAAUGUAUUUUUUAGAAAAAACCCUAAACUUUUAAACAAAUGUAAAUGUGGUGCUGUAGUGCUAGAUUUGCUUUAUUUUAGCUCUUCAUAUAUGAUUGUGGAAAAAGACUUGAACAGACCCUAAAUAUGUAUUUGGAGCCAGAUACUCUGAAAGAAUAUAGAUGUUAGAUAUGGUAAUGUGGGUGCAAUAAGAAACAUGAACGAACUGCCCAAGCCAGCCUUCGUGUUGACCUUCCAUAUUAUCCACAGGCUGCAAGAUCUGUACUGCCACUGUAACAUGAACACCAAUGGCUCCAUAGCUACCUUCCCAGUCAUCUACAUUUGCCACUGUUCAGCCAGGAGCCACCAAAGACAAAAAGGCUGAUGGGUAGAACAGCCUUGAAAUGUGCUCUGUUCUACCACAGCCGCAAGCCCAUUUCUAUAAUGUCUCUCAUGCUUCAUGGGUGUUUCAAGCGAUGAGUUAAACAUCACAAGCAUACAGCAUUUUAGCUCCAGGCUGAAUGAAGAUGUGCAAUAUUCAGUUGCAUACCUUGUGUCCAGUAUGAUCGAGUGUAGUAGUCAGAGGCUGCUACUGCUGUCUUCACAAAUGUGUGGUCGUCAUGGUCACAGACAUUCUGUGUUUGCUGACACAGAUUUAUUUAUGUGUCUAUGGGACGUCAAACCUAUACUUAGAUAAUACUCAUGAAAAAUUGUCCACCCUUUUCCCAUCACAUAUAAAUAUAGUGAAUGUAUAUAGGUGCUCUAAAAAACAGCAAUAGAAUGUUAGAGAAUAUUAUUACCUGAUUUUCAGGGCAUAUUCAAACUAGUAGUAAUCCCUUCAUUAUCAACAGUCUGCACUGUGUAUCUGUGAGCCAGGGUAUCUGUGAUGUAAUUUAUAUUGCCACUAAGCUAUUUGUUGAUGCCCAGUAUAUUGCCUGUAGCCCACUAAACCUAAACUGAGUGGAAUUCUAAAUACAGAUUUAAGAUGCUGUGGUCUAAAACAGAUUUUAUAUGGAGAACUAUUGAUAAUGUGGUUUAACACCAAACUUAAAAGAGGGAAAUGCUUGAACAAUUAAAUAAUUUCCAUUUAAUUAAAAUAGAUCAGAGAAAAUAAUUACUUUAGGGGUACAUGACUCCUGAUUAAUUAUUGGAUUUUAAAACUUGGUCUAAGUCAAAUUUUGCAGAGCAGUCCUGGGCUUCAUCUAUGUCAAAAACCAUCCGAGAGCCUCCUGAAUGUAGGAGCCCUACUAUAAUGCUGCAGAUACCGUUGAGUACAAAUGGUCCAUCUAGGUUUACGCUGUAUAUUCCCACAGAAAUUUGAAGACAGGCACUGAAAACCAUGCGUAACCCAUAAGACAAUACUCAUUUGAUAUUCUCUCAGUAAAUAACCUGCCAUCAGCAACAAGUGAUUGAUAUUUGUGGUAUUUGCAGUGUCACAUUGUAUUUAGAGCAUUGUUUUGUUUCUAUUAUGUAGGCUUUGGUAUAUGGCCAGUUUAGCCUAAUCAUUUAGCUAUGUCACCUUACAAACAUUACAUCUGGAUGUACUAUUUCUAGUGAUGUUAUGUCUUUUCUUAUGGGUUUUGUAUGUUUCAACUGUAUAUAAUAAGAGAUAAAUAAAUCUGUAUACUGAG